AUGCGGUGCGCAGGGACGGUCUCGCCGCCUCACUCAUUGCUCAUCCACGUCUGGCCAAUGAUGGGGCCGCAAGGGGCGGCGGAGUUUCUGCUCGUCUCGUCGGAAGUGGACACGUCAGGGAGGGUCAUGGACACGGCGGCGAAUGCCGUCGACACUCAACCGAUUUCCCACGCUCCUCUCUCUCACCCUUCCCACACUCCUCGUGCGCACACUUCCACUCCCCUCAACAUCCCUCUCCCUCCUGCUAUACCCUUCAACCUCAACCUCAACUUCAACCUCAACCUCAACCUCAACCUCAACCUCAACCUCAACCUCAACCUCACCCUCAACCUCAACCUCAACCUCAACCUCACCCUCAACCUCAACCUCACCCCCAACCUCAACCUCAACCUCACCCUCACCCCCAACCCCACAAUCGUUAUCAACACGAGCGGAGCGGCGCGGCAAGCAGUGUGGCAAGUGGUUGCGAUUGCAGGAGCAACGGCAGCAGCGGCAGCAGCAGCAGCAGCAGCAGCAGCAGCAGCAGCAGCAGCAGCAGCAGCAGUAGUGAAGGAUCUGGCAGAAGCAGCAGCAGGAGAAGCAGCAGGGAGUGCAUGCCGCUGCUUCACUCCUCUGCCUCGUACGUGCCUCCCUCUCUGCCCCACUUCGUUUCGUGCGUCUCUGCUAUGCUUCGUGCCUCUCCUGCUCUGCUUUGUGCCCCGCACUACUGCUUCUUCCGUCUCACCUUCCCUUUUUCGUGUUUGA